CAUAUUCCAGGACAGCGGAUAACGGAACCACGACAGGAAUGACAAAGGCUGAGCGUCCGGCUGGAGGCCGGGGAAGCAGAGCCGCACAGCGGGGAGCGGGGCAGGGGUCCCCGCUGGGUGUGAGGGGACCUGUCGGCGGGAGGGCAACGGGGGACCCUCUCGGCUCCACAGCAGCCUCUCUCCGCCGAGGGCAGGAAUGGCCGGCACGACGGGAGGGGGGGGGGGGGGGGGGGACGGAGAAAAAGGCAGCUGGCGCGGCGGCGGGGCCAGCCGAGGCUGCUUGUCCUCCCCAGGGGCACCUGGGGAUGCGCUCCCCUCCCGCCUGAGGUAGCGGGCACGGUCUUUGUGGUGUUUCACGGAUUUCUCUCAGUUGUGCGUUCCUGAGCCGAAAUUUAAGAAGCCCUCUAAUAAACAGGGCUCAGAGAGUCUAGGCUGUGACCAAAUGAAAAAGCCUGCUAGAGUAGCUUUGAUGGAGUGGACUGAAUUUCCCGAAGGAGAAGAUCCAGACUAUUAUAUUGUAACCUAUCAGCACGCAGAUGCUUUCAAUCAAAAAAAUGUAAGAAACAUUUCUAAACUUGAACAAAAACCUGUCAGUACUACAAUUCUGCUGGAGGAAAAUAAGACAUAUGAUGUUACAAUAGAAUCUCUAAAAAAUGGACAUAUCCUAGGUGUAAAGUCAUUUAACACACGUGGAAUUUCAGAAAAUGAUAUCAAAACAUUUGUGACAGCUACUACUGUGUCUUUUAAUUGGAGUGCAAUGACCAAAGAUUUUUCAGUUUCAGUUUCACUGAAUGAUACUUCUCAGUUUAUACAAAAAAACAAUGGAUUCUUUGUGUGGAGUGAUUUGACACCUGCAACUUUAUAUAUAUUUGAGUUUAUAUUUCACCAAUUACAUCUUGAAUUUAUAAAUGUGUCUCAAUCACUGGAUGUUCAAGCUGAAACAGGCACCUGUUCCCAGGGGUGGCUGGCAUUCCAAAGCAGCUGCUAUAGAAUGAGUAAGGAGAGUAAGCCAUGGAAGAUGGCACAACAAAUCUGUGAAAUGUCUUCGCAAGGGGCACAUCUUGUAGACAUAGGGAAUGAAGAAGAACGUGGUUUUAUUCUAUCUUAUCUCCAGACAAUUAGUCAAAUAGUCAUGUUAUGGACAGGUCUUAAUGACCUAAAGGACGAAGGUCAGCUGUUAUGGACAGAUGGAUCUCCUUAUCUUCUAAAGGCUGGUAUCUCAUCUUUGUCGAUGAUACCAGAAAAUGAAACACACUGUUAUGCUCUUCAGAGAGAUCACAGUGGCCCAGACUAUUUCUUCACAGGAUUUUUCUGCUAUAUACAGCUACCAUAUAUUUGUGAAUAUGAAUUACCCCUCGUACCAGAAAACUUCACAUUUAGUGUGCAUGAUGUCAAGACAACUGAAGCCGUGUUUAUAUGGAGUGAUACCGACAGCUGGCUUAAGUCAGGCUUUGCACUCAUAAUUAAGUACUAUUUUGAUCAUAUGAAACCAUACAUUCUGAGCUUGCCUGUGAAUACAACACAGACAAAAAUCGUGCCGUUGUCUCCUGGCCUUUGCUACAGGUUUUUACUAGCAGCAAGGAACCCAGAUGGGGCACAGACUGUCUUAAGUCCAAUUCUAACGGUAGAAACAAGGCCAUUGCACUCCCAGAAGUUAGAGACUACGUACGUUUCAUCUGCAGAAAUACAUUUAAAGUGGAAGCCUCCACAGCAUUCAUCCAGUGCUUAUUUUCAUUAUUACCUUAUUAACAUUUUGGAUACUGAAACCAAUGUCUGGGAACAGUUACCAGUUGAAAAAAGCAAGACUUCAAUAGUUAUAGGAAAUGUAAAACCCUAUCAUCAGUAUCAGAUAUAUUUACAGAACGUAGCAGAGAAGGGAACUCUAAGCUGCCACGAAAAGCCUAUAUUAAUCACAACAGCUGUCAGUCCACCUAUAGCUGUUUUUAUUUACCCUGAGGAUGUACAAGAAGAGAGUGUAAUUCUUCACUGGAAACUGUUGCAAGAGGAUCAGGGAUCCUACAUUCAGGUGAAACCUAGUGCAGACAUCAGUGAAACUAUGAAGUUUUUAGUAAACAAUACAGAAGAAUUUAAGAUUGAUCAUCUAAUACCUGGAAUGUCUUAUGAAAUAGCAGUGGCAAGUGUGAAUAAUGGAAAUAUGAGUGAACCGAAGACCAUUCAAUGCACUUUAAAGCCCAAGCCAGUUCAAAUUGUAGUUCCUUAUGUGCUUCAUAGCAAUGCUGUGGUAUUAUUUGUUCGCAUGCCUGAUAUUGGAGUAUUUGAUGGCAUAUAUGUUACAACUAAUGGAGGGCCUAAUGCAACUUUCAUUUUGAAACGUGAUGGUAAAAUAACAAUUGAAAACCUUACUCCAGGAACAGAAUAUGAUUUUUGUGUCUCCACAAAAAGCGGAAAAAUGUUGAGCUCCUUUUACCAUGUAACUGGUGUAAAAACAUGUCUGGCAGCUCCACUCAAUGUACGAGAAGGUAAUGUUACAGACACUUCAAUAGAAAUUGCUUGGAACCGUGCUGAUGGAGAUUUUCAGCGAUAUGAAGUCACAUGUACAAACUGUGCAAGUGCUUUCAGGGUCCAGAAGGUCAGGCAAGAAACAGCAACAUUUUCCGACCUUAUUCCUGGUAAGCUGUACAAUUUUACAAUUCGAACAGAAAAGGAAGGUUUCAGAGACAGCAUUUUUGUCACAAAGGAAAUAGAAACAGCCUAUGAUGAACUUCUGAUGUUAACAUAA